AUGCAGCCUAGGCGUUAUUUGGCUGUUCAUUUCGUUGUUAUUAUGAUUAUAUUCGACAGAAGUGUGGAGGGUUCGCUUGAGAAGUGCGUAGAAUCGCACAAAUACAAUUCUAAGAGGCAAUUCACUUUGACUUUCCUUAUUGGCUCGAAAAUCAAUAGCGAUUUUAAUAUCGCUCAUCUGUCGUUUACAACUGUAAAUGAACUUUUCGAGAAGGAGGAUAAGGAGUGGAUAGAAACGGUAAUUGAACAUGGUUAUCUGCUUAGACGAUUUCUUCCAGGUGGCAUCGGUAACGUUGGAAUAUUAUGGGUAUGUAAUGAGAACAUUGGUUCAGAACGUCAACGAAUACUUCUGAGGCUUUUUGAUAAAAUCGUAAAGGAAGCAAGAAAUGAUUUCAUUACCACUGAUAACAUUUACUGUGUGGUUCAUUUGGAAGCACCAAAUUAUAAACCUCAAGGUUAUACACUUGAUGCGGCAGUAAAAAAUACAGAUCCUUCUCCUGUGAAAGUAGUAUUUUCUAAUUUGGAGUGGAUUGGAGUAAAAUCUUCUAUUUCUAUAAAUUUUUCAUUGCCAGUUCGAGAUGAUGUUCAUAAUUUUCGCGACCAGUUCAAAUAUAUUAUGUCAAAAUGGAAUGACAAGGAGAAACGGCAUCGUUCAAGCAAUUUUGUUGAAAUUCAAUUGUUCUUGUCGUCAGACGAUGAUUUCGAAGAUUUUGAUCAUAAAGAUUUGAUUGGAUAUAGCAUCGUUGAUCUGAAAGCCAAUCUUUCAAUACAAGCAGCUGUACCAAGUAAAGCAACCAUGGAAUAUGCAAUAAAUGCUGUCAAGGAACACAUCAUCAGGAAUCUCAGUUUUCGAGCUGAAUUACAUUACGAAACAAUGGAAGUAACUGAUGAUUCUGAUGCGGAAGAUGGCAUAUCGAUCCAUCAGUUUCCUCGACUUGUAACUGCUCAAUUUCCUUCACAAUCAGCUAUAUUGCUCAGUGAUUGUCUUAUGCAAGAAGAUACCAAAAAAAUUGCUCAAGACGAUUUUAAACAAUUUUUUUCCUUGGAAUUUACCGAAGAUGAAAUCAGUGAUAGUUAUGAGCGGCCGUUAAGUUGUAAAGAUUUUUAUGGUAUUUUGGAAGAAAAUGAUAAACCAAAACGAUUCGAUCGGCCAAGUUCAACCACAUCGAGUGGCGUAUCAAUAUCCUCUGUUGUGCCAAUAACAAAUAUUUUUUUAGACUUUGGUCUUCCAGUUGUUGUUUUCUACGGCAGGGAUAUUUAA